GUGAGAGCGGGGUUUUACCUGACAGGUUGGUUUAACGACGUGAAGACUGUUAGUGGAAAUUUCUCUGUUUUUCAUUCCAGAGAACAUAUCACGUUUAUUCUGGGGAGUUGUAAAAAUUUUCAGGAAAUCGGGAGAACUUUUUCUGCCCAACGUUAAUUCGCUUAGUCAGUGAUGCAAAAUACGUUUUCAUUCGUUCAACACAAGAUCCUUUCCUGUUAGGUGAACGUCAAGGAAUUCUGUUUUAGUUUCAACGUACAACAACAAAAAAUCUACCACUAUGAUCAAGAUGCCUUUAUUUGGAAAAUCACAAAAAUCACCUGCAGAGGUUGUUAAAGCACUAAAAGAGGCUAUGCUCUCACUAGAGAAGGGUGACAAAAAGGUUGAAAAGGCACAGGAAGAUGUGAGCAAGAAUUUGCUCUUGAUCAAGAAUAUGCUUUAUGGCACCUCAGACAGUGAACCGCAAACUGACAUUGUUGUCGCCCAGCUGUCCCAGGAACUAUACAACUCUGGAUUGUUAGUGCACCUCAUUCAGCACCUUUCCCGUGUUGAUUUUGAGGGGAAAAAAGAUGUGGCGCAAAUUUUCAACAACAUUCUUAGGCGACAAAUCGGUACACGUUCUCCGACGGUGGAAUAUAUAUGCACCCGGCCAGAAAUACUUUUCACGCUUGUGCAAGGAUAUGAGCAUCAGGAUAUUGCGUUAAACUGUGGUACGAUGUUGCGUGAAUGUGCCCGAUACGAGGCCCUAGCCAAAAUUCUCCUCUACUCUGAGGAUUUUUAUAAUUUUUUUAAAUUUGUGGAAGUAUCUACGUUUGACAUUGCCUCAGACGCCUUUUCAACUUUCAAGGCAAGGUUUAAAUUGAUCGAUUUAUAUAAUUACAUUCGCAUUUGGCUUUGUGCAGAAAUACGUAACAAUUGCCAUUGUUAUUCUAUCACGCAGGAGUUGUUAACAAAGCACAAAAUUCUUUGUGCCGAGUUCUUGGAAGCCAACUACGACAAAGUUUUUGCCCAUUACCAGGGGCUGCUUAAUUCCGAGAAUUAUGUUACCCGCCGACAAAGCUUAAAACUGUUGGGUGAAUUGCUUCUCGAUCGUCACAACUUUACGGUUAUGACACGGUAUAUUUCCAACCCGGACAACUUGAAGUUGAUGAUGAACAUGCUGAAAGAGAAGUCACGCAACAUCCAAUUUGAAGCGUUCCACGUCUUCAAAGUGUUUGUGGCCAACCCGAACAAGCCGAAACCGAUUCUGGACAUUUUGCUACGCAAUCAAGAGAAAUUGGUCGAAUUCCUGACCAAGUUCCACACUGAUCGAUCCGAGGACGAGCAGUUCAACGACGAAAAGGCUUACCUUAUAAAACAAAUCAAAGAGCUUCGACCACCCGAGAAUUAGCCGCGUCCCGUCGCCAAGUCUUUCCUCCACGUCCCCCUUUACCCGUUAGCUCCCUUCCCUCCUUGAGCUAUUUGAUAUCCCCCCCCAUCCCCCCCAUUCCCUUCACAUGCUUGACUUUGUUUGUUUGGAGAGAGAAAAAAAGAGAGAAAAUUAUCCACGGUCGUGCUGUGUAUUAAUCGAUGAGCAGAGCGUUUAACUUCCUCUUAAAUUUCAACACAACAACAGCAACCCACCUUGAAAAGGAAGGUAAGUUGUUUGCUUCUCUAUUCUUUCCCGUGACUCAACUUCCAGCAAAGCAAAAAGGGGAAUCUAGAAGACUUAAAAAAGCAAAAACAGGAGACGGAUGAGGUACUCUCGAUAGCAUUUAUAUUGUUGGAGUGAUUGUCCUUUUGCGCACACACCAUGUCUCCCUUGCAGUUUCCAUUGUUGAAAUGGGGUUGGAAAAAUGGAAACAUUUCGUAGCUUGCCAUGCAUUUUUUAUUUGUCCCUUUUGUUUUUUUUUGUUUGUUUUUUUUUUUUUGGGGGGAUAGAACAGGCGUAGUGCGCUGUAGAAUUUGAAAUAGCAACCGGCUCCUCUCGAUAUUGAAACUUAACUAAAAAAAAAAUGAUCCCUUCUUGCUUUUGGAACGCUGCCGAAAAGAAAAAAAAAAAAAAGUCUAUGGGAAAAAGAAACAAGAAGACAACAACAAAAGUUUGAAAAAAAAAAAAAAAAAUGAAACAAAUCCAUGUCUGAUUUCUCUGCCAGUCCGUUAGGGAUUGUCCGAUCUUCCACUAAGUGAUUUUUGUGUUUUUGUUUGAUUUUGUUUUUGUUUUUUUGUUCUUUUUAAUAACAGCCAAGAGAGAGAGAGAGAGAGAGAGAAAAAGACAUAACUAACACAAAAUGAUGAUAACUAAUUAAAAAAAAAAAAAAAGAGUCAAUGAAAGGAGUUUUGAUAAUAGAGCUGAGUAUAAAUACAAAGGUCGUCUGAAA